AUGCCAAGCCCAUCCCCUGACAUGGUAAACAUUCUUUCUCAUCUGAGGUUCAGAGAGCUAGUUGCAGACCUUACCGGCCUCACCAACACCAAUUUUCUAUCCUCUCAAGCUGCUGAUAUGUUCAAGGCCGAAGCCACAACUCACACCGAGUAUCACCUCCUCACCCUCAUGCUUGUGAUGGUCAAUCAAAACGUCAUUCUCCAAAAACAAAUAGAAAAACUCAAAGAUGAGUUUGAGGAGUUCACCACCAAAAACGUCAACAAAGCAAAUCAACCACGAACAGCCUCAAAAAGAUCAAAGAACGCCUGA